GCUUUUUCCUGCAAUCCCUCCGGUCUGUGAAGAGGCAGCCCAGGCUAAGAGGAAGACAACUAGUUUUUUAUUAUGCGAUGUUAAGCCGUGACUGCUAGACGUUAAUAGCUAAAACCAUUUCCUGAAUUAAAAUAGUAAAAUGCCAAUAUUUGAUGGGUUGGGAAGUGGAGGAGAGAAGACUGCCAUUGUGAUUGAUUUGGGAGCAGCAUACACAAAAUGCGGCUUUGCAGGGGAAACGGGGCCCAGGUUCAUAAUUCCGAGCGAGAUCCAGAAACCGGGACAACAGCAGGCCACCAAAGUGGUCCAGUACAACAUCAACACAGAAGAGCUUUAUGCCAUCCUCAAAGAGUUUAUCCACAUAUUGUACUUCAGGCACCUGUUGGUGAACCCUCGCGACCGAAGAGUGGUGAUCAUCGAGUCCAUCCUCUGCCCAUCCCAUUUCAGGGAGACGCUCACCAAGGUCUUCUUCAGACAGUUUGAGGUGCCCUCUGUGCUGUUCGCUCCCAGUCACCUGAUGGCCGUCAUGACUUUAGGCAUCAACUCUGCUCUGGUGAUGGAUUGUGGGUACACAGAGACUCUCGUGCUGCCUAUUUACGAGUGUACUCCGAUCCUCCCGGCCUGGGAGGCUCUGCCUCUCGGAGGGAAAGCCAUUCAUAAAGAACUGAACGGGUUUCUCGUGGAGCAGUGCACCGUGGACACAGACACCACCACCGGGCAGAGCGUACCGGCCGUCAUCGGAACCAUCCCAGAAGAAACAGUGGAGGACAUAAAGGCCAGAACAUGUUUCGUCAGCGACUUGCAGAGAGGCCUCAAGAUCCAGGAGGCCAAAUUUAACCUGGACGGUACGGCCGAGCGUCCAGCUCCUCCUCCGGAUGUCGACUAUCCUCUGGAUGGAGAGAAAAUCCUGCAUGUUCAAGGAUCCAUUAGGGACUCAGUGAUGGAGAUCCUGUUUGAGCAGGACAACGAGGAGAAAAGUGUGGCGACUCUGAUCCUCGACGCUCUAGUGAAGUGCCCCAUUGACACGCGUAAAGUGCUUUCCGAGAACCUGGUGGUGAUCGGAGGCACGGCCAUGCUUCCCGGCUUCCUGCACCGCCUGCUGGCUGAGAUACGCCUCCUGGUGGAGAAACCCAAGUACAGCAACGUUCUGGCUAGCAAGAACUUCCGCAUCCACUCCCCACCGGCGAAGCCCAACUGCACCGCCUGGCUCGGAGGCGCCAUCUUUGGGGCCCUUCAGGACAUUCUGGGCAGCAGGUCGGUGUCCCGGGAUUACUACAACCAGACCGGACGCAUCCCGGACUGGUGCUGCUUGAGCUCCCCGCCUCCUGAGUCCUUCUACGAGGCGGGGAAGACCCCCCCUCCACUCAUGAAGAGAGCGUACUCCAUGGAGAAGUGAAACAUAGCCAGAUAGUUUUUCACUGAACAGUUCGGUAAUCUUUAAUUUAACAUCGCGACACUUUGUCAGACUGAUGUGUUGACUUCUCACAGAUUUUUGAAUGUCGACUAGGUAAGACUUUAAACGCUAAUUUGUGUUGUCCUGGUUUGCAUGUGUGUUAUCUAUAAAUUCCCACCAUGAUGAAUGAAAUCUCUUCACGUAAACAGUAAAUGUAGCAACAAUCCCUUAUUGAUUUGCAGUUGCACAUACUAUUAAUAAUUAGAUGAACACAGGCCUGAGACAUCAAAUGCAGACAUGCCAUCAGUCACAUCGCUGUACGUGUAUCUUCACACUUCAGUAUUUUUAUUGGCAGUGAAUCAGAGGAAAUUCUGCAGAGGUCAGCAGAAAUGUUGAAGAAUGACGUCUUAUAAGUUAUCUGUUUAUCACUAAAAGUGUUGCUUAUGUAGUCAGACUGUUAUGUCCGUUGAAAUGAAUAAGUUACCCAUUACAGUCAAACAAUUUUCACUUAUUUAUUGUUUCUACCUAGCUGUUGGAGGUUUUGGAUCGUUUUUACCCAUAUAUUAAAGCAAUUCUGGAUGGAUUAUAAGUUAGAGUGUUGACUGAAGGUCAAAAGUUUGCUUUGCACCAACACUAUAAUUAAAGGUGUAAUCCACAAUUUAUACACAUCUCUUGACAAGAUGUGUAAUUCACUUAUGUACUUGGUAAUAUAUUUGUGUGUCUUGUUUUUGGGCUAUUCAAAACAUUCCUUUGAAAAUUUCUCUGUAAACCAUCAUAACUACAAAUAAAUGUCCAGAAUUGA